CACAUUUCAAAGGUGGACGUGCGGGUGUGUAUUGAGUAUUCCAUUGCUGUAUGGGGGGAGUUUUAGCAUAAACUAGCGAAGCUCAGAAAAAUAAUCGUUUGGUCUUCCCACGGCUCAGAGGAGCGAGAAGCGACGUAUUUGGACUGUUUUGAAACGAGGGAGACGGUCGUCCAUCCCACGCCUUUCUCUGUAGCCUGUUGCUGGUUAUUCAAGCUGUGAGAAGCGCCUUUGGUUUGUAAAGCAGUGCGAUAAGCUAGCAACUUCAUCCUUGAUAUGGCACCACACCCACUACGAAAUUCUGCCAAUUUGUCUGGCUGUGUUAUUGUUUGUCUGAGGUUAAACGCGAUGCCUGACUGGGGGAGGAAAACACCCUGAAGCGCUAUGGUUUUCUCAAUUUUAAUUCAAAAUAUUACAAUAAGUCUAUUACGUUUGGUCUUGUUCGCAUACAAUUGAAUGGUACUCAUUCAUCUAAUGCCCACUUGUAAACAACAAUCGCAAGCAGAACCUUUAGCCAAUGGGAGAGCUCAUCGAUGGAAGGUGCUUCAACGUGAUUGGUUCAUUUGCGGAAGUUUUUUUUCUAUCUGAUCAUUUAUGCAAUUUUACUGUUGUUGAGGCAAUAAUGGAUUCAUAUCUCCUAACAGUUUUAUUAGCUUGCUGGUGGGUUGCAUAAAUCCCGGGUUGAAGCUGUAAGCUUUUCUUUUAAUAUUUAACUCUGACUGCUGUGACAGUUGCUUAGUCAACAAGUUGAACAUUUAGGUGUUGACUGUUACUUUGAGCUCCACGUAUAUUCAGGUAGACCUCAGUCAGUCACGGUCCAGCUUUAGUCAUCUGAUUGCAACAUGGCUUCCCAAAAGUCCGAAGACACAGCCAUGUCUCCAAAGAUCACAGGAGAGCUCCUCCGACUGCUUCGACAGGCGAUGAGGAGUUGCAAAUACUUCUCAGAGCCCAUACAUGCCUACAUAAUCCCCUCUGGAGAUGCCCAUCAGAGUGAAUACAUCGCACCAUGCGACUGCAGACGUGAAUUUAUUUGUGGCUUCAAUGGCUCAGCAGGUACAGCUAUUGUCACCGAGCAGCAUGCUGCAAUGUGGACGGAUGGCCGAUAUUUCCUUCAGGCCAGCCAGCAGAUGGAUAACAACUGGACUCUUAUGAAAAUGGGACUGAAGGAGACACCUUCUCAGGAGGACUGGCUGAUCAGCGUCCUGCCAGAGAAUUCUAAAGUGGGAGUAGAUCCUUGGAUCAUUGCAGCUGACCAGUGGAAGAACAUGUCGAAGGCGCUGACCGGUGCCGGCCACUCGCUGGUGGCAGUGCAGGAUAAUCUGAUCGAUAUUGUCUGGACACACCGACCAGAAAGACCCAGCACACAACUCCGCGUCCUGGGAGUGGAACAAACCGGAAUUUCCUGGCAGGACAAGAUCAAUGUGCUGCGAGCCAAGAUGACUGAGAGGAAGAUCACCUGGUUUGUUGCCACUGCCCUGGAUGAGAUUGCAUGGCUUUUCAAUCUCCGCGGUGCAGACAUUGAGUACAAUCCUGUUUUCUUUGCAUACGCCAUCGUGGGGAUGAACUCAAUAAGGCUUUUUGUGGACCUCAAGCGUCUCUCUGACCCGGCACUGCGAGAGCACCUGCAGCUGAACGCCCCCAGCAAGCCCGAGCUGAGCAUCCAGACGUUCCCGUAUGAGUCGGUCUACGGCGAGCUCCAGGCCAUUUGUGCCGCGCUCAGCCCCAAAGACAAAGUGUGGAUCUGCGACAAGGCCAGCUGCGCCCUCACGCAGGCCAUCCCCAAGGCCCACAGGACUCCGAUUCCCUACACUCCCCUCUGCCUCUCUAAGGCGGUGAAGAACUCUACAGAGAUUCGAGGCAUGAAAAUGGCCCACAUCAAGGACGCUGUUGCCCUUUGUGGACUCUUUGCCUGGUUGGAAAAGGAGAUACCAAAAGGGACGGUGACUGAGAUCUCUGCAGCCGACAAGGCAGAAGAGUUGCGCAGCCAACAGAAAGAUUUUGUUGGCCUUAGCUUCCCAACAAUCUCCAGUGUGGGUCCAAAUGGAGCGAUCAUACAUUACAGACCACUGCCUGAAACCAACAGAACUCUCACCGUGAAUGAAGUCUAUCUGAUCGACUCUGGAGCUCAGUAUAUUGAUGGAACCACAGACGUCACGCGCACCAUGCACUUUGGCACACCUUCAGAUUUUGAGAAGGAAUGUUUUACUUAUGUGCUGAAGGGACACAUAGCUGUCAGUGCCGCCAUUUUCCCCAAUGGAACAAAAGGCCACCUCCUGGAUUCCUUUGCCCGCGCGGCCCUGUGGGAGUCGGGACUGGACUACCUUCACGGUACCGGUCACGGUGUCGGCUGCUUCCUGAACGUCCACGAGGGACCCUGCGGCAUCAGCUACAAAACCUUUGCUGACGAACCUCUGGAGGCCGGCAUGAUAGUCAGCGACGAGCCUGGCUACUAUGAGGAUGGAUCAUUUGGCAUUCGCAUUGAAAACGUGGUCCUUGUUGUACCAGCUAAACCCAAAUACAACUACAGAAACAGGGGCAGUCUGACAUUUGAGCCCCUGACUCUGGUCCCCAUCCAAGUUAAAAUGAUGAACACAGAUCUGCUCACACAGAAGGAGCGUGAUUGGGUGAAUGAAUACCACAGGAAGUGCCGGGAAGUGGUCGGAGCGGAGUUGGAGAGGCAGGGCCGGAGGGAGGCUCUGGACUGGCUGAUCAGAGAGACUCAGCCAAUCGUCUGAGCCCUGACUCAGUGCAGCCCGGUCAUUUUUACCCAGAACUACGUACCAGUUGCCCUGCAGCGGUUAUCAUUUGUACUUUUCUCAUCUAUCUCUGUGUCUCACUCUCAGCUUUUUGUAAAGCACAUUGCAUCAGCAAUUUUAUUAAAAGAUUGUUAAAAGUUUGACACAGAGAAAUGCCAGAACUAAUGGCUGUGUGUGUGUGUUCUGCUCCUGCAUUUUUAGCCAGAGAAUUAUGACCCAACUUCGAUUGUGCUUUGAGCUCUUUAUGUCUAGAUGUUUUCUACGUCACAGCGCCAUCGUGUGUAGACCCUUAAACAUCACA